GAGUUUAUUAGACGCGCUGUUUACUUGGCACCCAUCACAGAAACGCUAUUUUAAUCAGACUGUAAAUACACAUGAUCAAGCAUGAUGAACAGAAAUCCAUCAAUGUCUUAUGAGAGUUGGGUAGACACGCUGAACGGAAAAUGGACGCCAUUACUGUUUCUUAUAUUGGGUAUAGCAGCAUUUUUUGGUCCUUUGUAUUUUAGCCCUAUUGAAUGUAUGUUUCCUGAACAAUUUACAGUGUAUGAUGCAGAAUUCGGCAAAUCUCAGUGUUAUAAAGCCACCACUAUUCGAAAGUUUACCUAUUUUGAUACUCAUCCAAACAGUUAUGCGGAAGUUGUUGUAGGGGAUGGAUAUGAAGAUGGCGAAAGAACUCUGUAUCAAUAUGUUUCACUAAUCUUGAUUUUGCAAGCUCUAUUUCUUCGUAUUCCGUUCAUUGUAUGGAAGUUGGGAGAGAGGAGAUUGGGUAUCCACUACUGUGUCAGCACACAACACCAGGGAGACGAUCGUAAGUCUGUGGGAAGAAGACUGGCAGUCUACCUGGACCAAUGGAUCCAACACCGGAAAGUAAACAUUCUGUCACUCGGGGCAUUUACAAUUUUUCAUUGCUUUAUCAAAUUGCUUUAUUUCAUAAGUGCAUCAACACACAUCGGGUUAUUGGACCCUUUUCUGAAGCAAGAAAAUGAAACCAGCUUUGGAUCCCAGAUUUUAGGAAACAUCAGAGAAAACAAGUCAGUUUUUCAAAGCUCCCCAGCAUUCCCAAGGAACGCAAUAUGUACCUUUGACGUAUUAGUACUCCAAAAUAGUCAUCGCUAUACAGUACAGUGUUCUUUUCCAUUCAAUCCGUAUCUAGAACAGAUGAUGGCUGUGGCCUGGUGGUGGUUGAUUUUCAGCAUUGCUGCCACUGUGGCUGAUGGUUUGUUUCACGUCUGUGGCGCUCUCCUUCCAUUUUUCAGGUUGUGGUUUGUUAAAUCACACCUGAUGAAAGAAGGUCUUAAGAAUUCACAUGAAGUUUUGAAUGACCGAAAUAUUCAAAGAUUUGCCAAUGACACUUUGGGCGAAGAUGUCAUAUCCUUCCUGAAACAAGUCCAAGAAACUGAAAACGGAUGUGUUGUUAUGGAAACCGUCACAGAAUUAUGGAAGAUCUGUAAUGGUGUAACACAACUUAAUCCAGUCACAGUACCGUACCCUGUACAGAAGGCAAGUUCUGGACCGAAUAUUCCAACUGUAGAAUUUUCCAAACCACCAGAAAAUGUACCGGGAGGAUCAGAGGCAUACCAAGGUGAAGGUUACCAGCCGACUGCUCCAUUAUUACAUGUAUAUCCAACGGUGAUGGCCGGUGGACAGGGACAGACUCUACAAUUUCGUUAGACUUUUAGAUCGGUGAUUUUCUUAAUACAUAAUAUGUAUUAUUUGUCACCAAGCAUCAAUCUCUGUUAGCAUAAACUGAGAAUAGUCUAAAAAAAAUUUUUUUUUAUAAAUUUCUCACACAAAUACGUUAUUAAAAUAUUAAUUAUAUUUCAAAUCCACUCUCAUGACAAAUUUUAUUGAAUUCCUAUUACCAAUAUUGAAGGAUAUACACCAUUAAAAGACGUUUGUGAAGGA